UGCACUCUCCUCUGAAGCUGCCAUGUAUAUCGCUUGCCCCGGCUUCAUAACCCUCUCUAAAACCUCACACUUUUCUCGAGCCCGCUUUGACCCUAACUUUCUGCUCUCGGCGAGAUCGAUCGUCCGACGUUGAUUUCUCGGUCACCGGUUCUGAUUUCUCACAGAAACCCAGCUCAACUGGGUGGUCUUUUGAGAAAUGUGAAUGUGUGUCUCUUUGUAAAGAGAGAGGAAUUUGAUGAUGGCAUCCAGAGCAAUUUUGAGAAGGAAGAGAUUCAUUUCUGGUUACGUGAAUGCCUCCACUCGCUCAAUUCAAAGUUUCCCAUGUAUCGGUCAUGGGCAUGCUCUGCAGAAUUUGGAUUCACAGGGUCCCAAGUGCAGUGAAGACUACCCUUCUACAUAUUUUAGUCGCAUGAAGGAUGGGGAUAAAGUUUCGGUGGCAAAAGAGGGAUUAUUACCCUUUUCAGGGUUAGGACAGUUUAGGCAUGGAUAUUAUGGAAUUACAGUUUUGGGCUUUGGAAAUGGCAGAUCGAAAGACAUUUCUCCUAUGGGGAUGGGAUUGAUGUCACAGUCAAUUCGAAAUGCUUACACAGCUGCAGCCAAACAGCCUGAAAUGGGCAGUGAUGAUGAGAAAAAUGAAGAAAUGGUUGCUAAAAAGAGAAAGGAAGCAUCUCCAGAAGAAUGUGAUCAAGCUGUGGAAGGUUUGAGUAGUGCAAAAGCCAAAGCGAAGGCAAAACGGCUGCAAGAAUCUCAUAAGGCUACUAAAUCUAGUCUGCAAAGAGUAUGGGCCACGUUUUUAGGGAUUGGUCCUGCUUUGAGAGCCAUAGCUUCUAUGAGCAGGGCAGACUGGGCCAAGAAACUUGUUCAUUUGAAAGAUGAAUUUAAAUCAACAUUGCAACAUUAUUGGUUGGGUACUAAGCUACUCUGGGUUGACGUGAGGAUCAGUUCAAGAUUGCUAUUAAAGCUUGCUGGUGGGAAGAGUCUCUCUAGAAGGGAGAGACAACAACUAACGCGAACCACGGCUGAUAUUUUUAGGCUAGUUCCUUUUGCAGUUUUUAUCAUAGUUCCAUUCAUGGAGUUUCUCUUGCCGGUAUUUCUGAAAUUAUUUCCCAACAUGUUGCCGUCGACUUUUCAAGACAAGAUGAAGGAGCAGGAGGCAUUGAAAAGGAGGUUAAAUGCAAGAAUAGAAUAUGCCAAGUUCCUCCAGGACACUGUGAAAGAAAUGGCAAAGGAAGUUAAAAACUCAAGGAGUGGAGAAACUAGAAAAACAGCUGAAGAUCUUGAUAAGUUUCUUAACAGGGUUAGAACUGGGGCCCGUGUCUCUAAUGAUGAAAUUUUGGGCUUUGCUAAGUUGUUUAAUGAUGAACUUACUCUAGAUAAUAUCAGCAGGCCUCGGUUACUCAGUAUGUGCAAGUAUAUGGGAAUCGACACAAAAUUAUUCAAAUUUACUUUUACUGAUGCAUAUUUACGUUACAUGCUCCGAAAGAGACUCCAGCGGAUUAAGGCUGAUGAUAGAUUGAUUGAAGCGGAGGGUGUGGAGUCCCUUUCAGAAGCUGAACUUCGAGAGGAGUGUAGGGAGCGAGGCAUGCUUGGAGAUCUUUCAGUUGAAGAAAUGCGCCAACAGCUUCGUGAUUGGUUGGAUUUGUCUCUUAAUCAUUCUCUACCAUCUUCCCUUUUGAUCCUUUCCAGGUCCUUCCUUCUGUCCGGGAGGUUGAGGCUUGAGGAAGUUCUCCAAGCUACAAUCUCUUCUCUGCCCGAUGAGGUUACAGAUACUGUUAGUGUUACAGCUUUGCCAUCUGAAGAUUCUGUGUCAGGAAGGAGAAGGAAACUGGAAUAUCUUGAGAUGCAGGAAGAACUAAUCAAGGAGGAGGAGGAGAAAGAGGAAGAAGAGCAAGCCAGAAUGAAGGAAAGUAAAGCUAGUCAAGAGGAUUUGGCACUUAAAGAGAUGAGUAGUCCAAUAGCAAGAGAAGCACAAGAACAAGCCAGAGAAAGAGCACAAGAAAAACAAGAACACCUAUGUGAACUAAGCCGUGCAUUGGCUGUUUUAGCUUCUGCGUCUUCAGUUAGUAGAGAACGUGAAGAGUUUCUGAGCCUUGUCAAUAAGGAGAUAGAACUUUAUAACAGCAUGGUAGAUAAAGAGGGUACUGGUAGUGAAAAAGAUGCUAUGAAGGCAUAUAGAGCUGCUCGAGAGGAAACUGAGAAUGCUGCUGAAGAGGCAGAAGGUGAUGUCGCUUCGUCAUCACUGAUAGAGAGGGUUGAUGCUAUGCUCCAAAAUCUUGAAAAGGAAAUUGAUGAUGUGGAUGCUGAAAUCGGUGAUCGUUGGCGACUACUUGACAGAGAUUAUGAUGGGAAAGUUACUCCAGAGGAGGUUGCAUCUGCUGCUAUGUACUUGAAAGACGCAUUGGGCAAGGAGGGUGUCCAAGAACUCAUCAGCAACCUAUCCAAAGACACAGAUGGGAAGAUUCUUGUAGAAGACAUUGUCAAACUGGGUAGUAGGGCAGAAGAUGCAAAUACAGCUGACGAUGGGGGUAUGUAGAGGGUACUAUUCCAGUUGUGACUUCUUAUUUUCAGAUUUUGGCAGAUGCUGUUGAAUGGUUCCCUGAACAAAAUAAAUCAUUGCUUCAAAUUCCAACGGUUAAUUUUUUGGGCGUUGGUUUUGUCUCAUAAAUAAAAUGAUAUUAGACUAUUCUAGCAAUCUGAUAGGAAAGACAUGGUUGCUAGCUAGAGCAGUAAAAACGUCAAAGCUGAUAGAUAAAGAUGAUAUAUGUACACAGAACCAAUACCAGGGUUUGUACUUGACAUGAAAAACAAUCUUUGUAGUCUGUAGAUCCUAUAUUAGAUUGUCUUAGAUUGAAAUAAUGCAUCUAUGAUGUUUUACUU